AAUUCGUCCAAAAUACGUUAAUGAACUUUCUUGAAAAUGAAUCUUCAGCUAAAUGUUUUCUUUUACAACCAUCUCCUACGGUGGAAAGAGAGAACAUGUUACGAGCUAGUCUUCUCAAGUUCAUGAAAGUAUACUUUGUUGAAAAGAUGUCUACAAAACAAAAGCUGCAAAGUUUGCUAGCAUGUUUCUUUGAUCCGAGAACAAACGAGUGUCUUACAGAAAAAGAAUAUCAAGAAGCAGAAAGCAAACUUAUGAAAAAAUUUGCAAAGUCAGCACUCCGACAAUAUCCUCGAAGAUCAACGCAUACAAAUAUUUGUUUGCAAAAUGAACAAAAUUAUUCGAGAAGUGAUAUGAUUGAUUCAAGUAAUGAUGUUCAAUUUCAUGUUUCACCUGAAGUUCCUGUUAAACGCAAAAAUGGGUUUGCUAAGCUUGCAACAUUGUGUGGUUUUAAUCUGUGCGAAGAGAAAACACAGUCAAAGCGAAAUAUAAAAGAGGAGUUAUCCUUUUUCAAUUAUACUAUAAAAGCAAAAACUUGAAAAUUCGAUGAAUUUUGGUACAAGUAUGAAAACGAUAUUCCAAU